AACUACUGAUUGACGUUUUUUACUUGAAUCCAAUGAGGUUCUUGUAGCAUGAUGUACAGUGCUGAUAAUUUCUCUGCUCUCAGUGCUCCAGCAGUUCGUUUCCGCAUCUUCACGCGUCUUUAGUGGUUUUCCACGUUACGUAAAAUUGAAUAUUUUCGUAAAUUUUAAUAUUGAUGACGUCCGAUGAACCAAAAAGUGUAAUGGAUGUAGAAAAAUUGAUCCGUCUGGUAGAAGAGCGGAGUCUCAUAUAUGACAAGUCAAAAACAGAUUUCAAAAAUGGUAUGAAAAAGUAUGUCGCGUGGCAAGAAAUAGCAGUUGAACUCGGGAUCUCAAUCAAAGAAGCACAAAAUAAAUGGAAACUACUGCGAGAGAAAUAUGGCAAAGUUCGAAGACUCAUUCAAAGAAGUGGAGUCUCCAAUGAUUCAACCCAACAUGAGUGGGGCUUGUAUAAAUUGCUCAAAUUUUUGGAUCCUCACAUUGUCGGUCGAAGGAGCAGUUCUCAUUUCGAGCCUCCAUCACAAUAUCCUCUCAUAUGCCAAUCGCAGAUUUCUGAUUCCCAAGGCUCUGCCGAGUACAUCGGCGAAGAAUUAGAAGACGAUUGUGAAGACAGCUCGAAAGACUCCAAGGAGCAUGUACCUGUAUUACCUACCCCGUAUCUACCCGCGUAUUUAUCCUCAUCUACCUGUGCUGUGGAGGCUCAAAAAAGACCUUUAUCUCCCUUGGGUUCACACCCAUCCAAUCACAGUUCCAAUGAUAAGCGACGAAAAAUAAGUUCUGAAGAUACGUUUCUAAGUGACUUGAGUCAUUUAUCAGAAGCAGUAGCUUUUAAAGUCUCUAACAGACUGCAGACAAUGGAAGAAAAUGAAGAUAGCUACUUUGGGAAGGAUGUUGUCUCAGAGCUAAGUAAAAUGAGUAAUCUUAAAAAGAAAAGACAAUUAAAAGCUAAGAUAUAUGCCUUAAUCAGCGAGUAUGAUUCUGAUGAAUGAAUAUCGUUUUUAAAAGUAAGUGCCAUUUAAAAUGGCAUUUUCAUUCUUUACUGAAAAGCAAAUAAAAGUUUGCAGCUGCCUAAGAAACAGUGCCCCAAUGGUGAAAGUCUUGAAACAGUAUCAGGGAUCUAUUCAUAACUGAUCGUGAGUUCAUUAUUCCUGAUUGUCUGAUUACAGUUACAUGUAUAAUUUCCAGUUUUUGUAGUUCCAAAUUCUGUUUUUCUUUUUUGUUUUUAAUUGAAUGAAAAAAGUGCCUUUCAAUGUAGUUCUUGAAAAGAGACGUCAAUCCGGAACAACAGCAACUCAUAUUCUGAUGACUUGUUGUAAGAAUCCUUUUCCUGUGAAUGGUCACGUACUAUGUAUAUUUUGUGCGAAAAUAGAAUUUCUGAAAAAUUAAAUCAGGAGAGGAAAGCCUGUCAUUAUUUUAGUCUUAAAUGAAAUGACGUUCGAACUUAAAGUCAAUUCUUAAUUUUUUACAUAAAAGAUAUUAACUUUUUAUUUGGACAAGGGAAUCCAAAUUUUUCUAAAGAAUGUAAGAGCCUCUUUACUAAUUUUUAGUGGCAUCCUUAAAAAUAAUUGAGCACUACAUAAUGCGGUGGCUUUUUGAAGUAGGUAUCUGCCUAUGCUUACAUGUUUUAUCUUCUUCAUAUUUGUAAUUACUUCGUUGCAGAAAAUGCUCUGUUUUCUUGUUUUUAAACCCUCAUGAAUAGAUGGACUGAAAUAAAAUGUUUUACACUUCAUACCUGAGGAAAACACAGAACAAGUGGGGUGUAGUUAAAAUUACGAUUAAUAUGAAACUUUCCUGUUACCUACUUCUAAUAUGAAUGAUUUUUUAUACUUUUUUUUUUUUCAUAUUCCUACUCUAUUAUUUUUUUUUCUUUUGCAGUAAAUAUCUUUAAGUUACCUUAAUCGCCUGUAACCAUGGAGUACUUAUCAACACAUGUAUAAAUAAUUAAGAUUGUAAAAUCUAUUAUUCAAGUCUGUAUUUUCAACAACAGAUUUUAAGUGUCAGUUCUGGUCUUCUGUAUACUCUGUGAUUUUUUGACUCAGUUAACCAAAAAAGAUGCCUAUAUUUUACCAUAUAAUGGUAGGUGUUACAAUAACCAGUGAUUUCACCCAACAGUGUGAUGAACAGUUAGAUCGUGAAUUCAUAAUAACAUCCAUGAAACUGAAGUUACCAUUACUUAUCAAUCCAGUUUUUGUAUCGUUAAUUACUCAGAGGUACACCCUUCUUAUUUCUCUAUGCAUGUAUUGCGUACAAUUUUCUAAGCAGAUACAUGGAGAAGAAAAGAAAGAAAACUGUUUGUUCUCUCUGAUAUGUUAUGUGUUCAUGUUUAAUAAAUCUGCUCGUUUUCUUUCUCA